GUAGAUAAAGGCUGGUGGGCACCCCCCACACACACACUUGUCAGAUCUCACAGGCCCCAGACUGCCUGCCUGCCCCCUUCUUCCUAUUUGUGGCAAAUAAAUAGGAAGUCAAAUGUAGCACCUUCCCAUCAGCUCUUGCAGCCACUGGGGCUUCAGCCACAGGCAGCAGCUGCCCCAGCCGCCAGCCCUCCCCCACUUCCCCAGCCAGAGGGGACCGCAGAGCCAGGUGAAGAGCCUCAAGCAGGAGGCCCUCCGUUGGGGUGUUUGCUCUGAGGCCUGGGCAGGGCUGGAAGGAGUUGGGGAGGAGGGAAGGAGUCUGUGCUUUGGUGGGCGCUGGGGUGCCCAGGAGCACGUGGGGUAAAGAGGGAAGGGUAGUUCCUGCGGGAGGGGAAGGGGAGGGCCUUGGGACAUGUGUUGAGAUCAGGUGGCCCGUGCUUUGCGACCUUCAGUGAAAGAUGGCAGAGAAGCGAGGAGAUGACUGAGCAGACAGCUGAGCUCAGGGCAUCUUCCUGGCAGCCACGCUCUUAGACAGACCCUGGUGAGAGAGCUGAGGGGGCAGUCUGGGUGGCAGGGCUCUGGGACCUCCUUAGCGCCCAGAAAAGCUGUGUGGAUGAGCGGAUGCAGGGGCUCUGCUUGGUGGACAGUUUCCCUUGGCGGGGAGCCUGUGCAGGUAGUGGUGGCAUGAAGGGGGGACCUGCUCCAGAAUUGGGUUGUUGCCACAAGACCGAGCCCCUGAGGAGCACAGGGAGUUCCCUGUCCCCCAGCCUGGACUUCCAGUCCUGCCAAGACGACCAGGUCUUCCCAGCCUGCAGGCCGCUUCCAGACACAGUGGACAUCCACGGCCCAUCCUGUGCCAGUUGGCUGUGCCCCCUGCCACUGACACCAGCCAGGCCUGCCCUGUUGGCCUGCCCCCGGAGCCUGGAUCUCUACCUAUGUCUGCAGCCGGCACCCCCGGGCACAGCCCCACAGGGCCUCAGAGAGGACUCCCAGAACACUAAGCGCCAGUCACCAGGGCCACAUGCCAGCUCCACUGAUGACGACAAAUUCACAGCCACGUCCCAUCUGAGCAGGGAUAAGAUGGGAAGCCAGCAGGAACGAGCUGAUGAGGAGGCCCCCUGCCCGUCCUUCUCUCCCCACAACAGCUCUUCCCCAAACCCCUGGCAGAAUGGAAAGUGCUCCAGCUCCUUGGCUUUCUGCUCCUGCCCCCCACCCAUACCCAUCUCCAAAGAACUCCCAUUCCUCCUUCACCCCCUCUGCCCUGCAUAUCCACUCCUCCUGCCCCCACCUUAUCUGUUCACCUAUGGGGCCCCUUCUGUCCAAUGCCACCCUUUCUUCAUGUUGCCCCAAGAUACCUCCUACCCCACCAGGGCUCUGCCCAGUGUGCUGAUGAGUGUCAGUGAGCCUGGGCACCACAGCUCCUGGGGGGAGACCCUGCGUCCCUACCCAGGGGCCUCUCAAGCCUCUGUUCAAAUCCCACUGUCCCAGGCCUCGAUUCCAGGCCCUGGAGCUGCCAGGACCUACUCCCCAGCGCUGGAGCAUGCUGGCAGGGCGGCUCCAGCAAAGCGGGCCCCACUGGGCUCCCACGCAGCCCUGCCUUACCCGCUGAAGAAAGAGAAUGGCAAAAUCCUGUACGAAUGCAACGUGUGCAGCAAGAGCUUCGGGCAGCUCUCCAACCUCAAGGUCCAUCUGCGUGUACACAGCGGGGAGCGGCCGUUUCAGUGUGCCCUGUGCCAGAAAAGCUUCACCCAGCUCGCCCACCUGCAGAAGCACCGCCUGGUGCACACUGGGGAGCGGCCCCACAAGUGCCUGACGUGCCACAAGCGCUUCAGCAGCUCCAGCAACCUCAAGACGCACCUGCGCCUGCACUCAGGGGCCCGGCCCUUCCAGUGCAGUGUCUGCCCGAGUCGCUUCUCCCAGAACGUUCACCUGCAGCUGCACCAUCGGCUGCACGCUCCACUGCCCUGCAGCCUGGCUCAUACCCACCUACCUCUGGCAUCUCUCACCUGCCUUGCCGGGUGGCACCAAGGGGCACUAGAUCUUGUGAUGGUGCCAUCAGAGAGGCAGGUGGGCCAGGAAGCUGACAAGAUUAAGGUGUCCUCAGCAUCUCAGGGAAAGCAAGGGCAGCCAGCCUGAGCAGUGGUGUCAGGACUGCUCUGGGGAGGGGCAGGGGCAGAGCGAUUAAAGGAUUUUCUCUAUAACCAGCUGAGGCCUCUUGAGCUUCAACA